AUGUCACCAUUAUUACCAUUAUUUAUUGAGGGUGAAGUGGUAAAAGGUUUUGGAAGAGGGUCUAAAGAUUUGGGUUGCCCAACAGCUAACUUUUCACUAGAGGUAGUGAAGUCCCUUCCAAAAGGAUUAGCCCCAGGAGUUUAUUAUGGUUGGGCUCAAGUGGACUCCAAAGCAGUACAUAAGAUGGUGGCGAAUGUUGGAUGGUGUCCAUUCUACCAAAACAAAGAAAUGUCUGUGGAGACUCACGUAAUGCAUACAUUUGAUAAAGACUUCUAUGGGUCCAAUUUGAAAAUAUGUAUUGUUGGAUACUUGCGACCAGAGAAAAACUUUAGUUCGUUGAAUGACUUAAUAGAAGCAAUUAAAAAGGAUAUCGCGGAUGCUCACACUAAACUCGAGGAAGUGGAAGCAAAGAUUUUAAAGGAUCAUAAGUUUUUUAAUAAGAACUAA